AAGGCCGUUUACGAUUGGCUCGUUAUUUAAUUGCGUUUAUAGUCCUUUGGCUUUCCACAGUCAACGUGGAGCAUCAUUCUUCCCGACCUCCAUCCCAAUGGAGUACCGCAGUAGGCACAACUUUGCUCGUUAAAAAAGAAAAAAAAAAAAGAAGAAAAAAAUUGACUCGAACAAUUGGAAAGCCUUUCAUAAUAAUGAGGGAAAUUGUUCAUAUUCAAGCUGGCCAAUGCGGGAACCAAAUUGGAUCAAAGUUCUGGGAGGUAAUAAGUGAUGAACAUGGCAUCGACCGAACCGGGCGAUACAUCGGAGACAGCGACCUGCAGCUGGACCGGAUAUGCGUUUAUUUCAACGAGGCAUCAGGUGGAAAAUAUGUCCCUCGCGCUGUGUUGGUUGACUUGGAACCAGGCACUAUGGAUGCUGUGAGGUCCGGUCCUUUUGGGCAGGUGUUUAGGCCUGACAGUUUUGUUUUUGGCCAGAGUGGCGCUGGCAACAAUUGGGCUAAAGGCCAUUAUACAGAAGGAGCUGAGCUGGUGGACACUGUUCUGGAUGUGGUAAGGAAAGAGGCAGAGGGAUGCGACUGCUUGCAGGGCUUCCAGCUCACCCACUCCCUGGGAGGAGGCACCGGCUCUGGCAUGGGCACACUCCUCAUCAGCAAGAUCCGGGAGGAGUACCCAGACCGCAUCAUGAACACUUUCAGUGUUGUGCCGUCGCCUAAGGUGUCAGACACUGUGGUGGAGCCCUAUAAUGCCACCCUCUCUGUCCAUCAGCUGGUUGAGAACACUGAUGAGACCUUCUGCAUUGACAAUGAGGCGCUGUAUGACAUCUGCUUCCGUACAUUAAAAAUUACCACCCCUACAUACGGUGAUCUGAACCACCUGGUCUCGGCCACCAUGAGCGGUGUAACCACCUGUCUGCGAUUCCCUGGUCAGCUGAACGCUGACUUGAGGAAAUUGGCUGUCAACAUGGUGCCGUUUCCCAGACUGCACUUCUUUAUGCCAGGCUUUGCCCCCCUGACGAGCCGAGGCAGCCAGCAGUACAGGGCCCUGACAGUUCCUGAACUCACCCGGCAGAUGUUUGAUGCCAAGAACAUGAUGGCAGCUUGUGAUCCACGCCACGGCCGUUACCUCACAGUAGCCGCCAUCUUCCGAGGCCGGAUGUCCAUGAAGGAGGUGGACGAGCAGAUGCUGAACGUGCAGAACAAGAAUAGCAGCUACUUUGUAGAGUGGAUUCCAAACAAUGUAAAGACAGCCGUCUGCGACAUCCCACCGCGUGGACUCAAGAUGUCCGCCACGUUCAUCGGAAACAGCACAGCCAUUCAAGAGCUCUUCAAGCGCAUUUCGGAGCAGUUCUCCGCCAUGUACCGCCGCAAGGCUUUCCUUCACUGGUACAUCGGUGAAGGCAUGGACGAGAUGGAGUUCACCGAGGCAGAGAGCAACAUGAAUGACCUGGUGUCGGAAUAUCAGCAGUACCAGGACGCCACCAUAGAUGACGACAGAGAGUAUGAAGAGGAUGAAGAAGAUGGCUAAGCAGCCACCCGGAUGGCCUCCAAAGGCUUCUGUGGGGAGGUCUAAGAGAUCUGGAGGGAAGAUGAUGAAUAAAUGCAAUAACAGUGCGAGAACAA